CUCUCGGCCCCUGUGGAGCGCGGCGGCGGCAGACGCGGCGGCGGCAGCGGCGGCGCGGCGCAGGCACCCGCCGGGGGAGCGGCAUCAUGAGCGGAUCACAGAACAAUGACAAAAGACAAUUUCUGCUGGAGAGACUGCUGGAUGCAGUGAAACAGUGCCAGAUCCGCUUUGGAGGGAGAAAGGAGAUCGCCUCGGAUUCUGACAGCAGGGUAACCUGUCUCUGCGCCCAGCUGGAAGCUGUCCUGCAACAUGGCUUGAAGAGGAGCCGAGGAUUAGCGCUCACAGCGGCAGCGAUCAAACAGGCCGCGGGCUUCGCCAGCAAGACGGAGACAGAGCCCGUGUUCUGGCACUACGUGAAGGAGGUCCUCAACCGGCACGAGCUGCAGCGCUUCCACUCCCUGCGCCACAUCACCUCGGACGCGGGGCGGGGCCGCGCCUGGCUGCGCUGCGCCCUCAACGAGCACUCGCUGGAGCGCUACCUGCACACGCUGCUGGCUGACCACGGCAGGCUCAGCACUUUUUAUGAAGACUGGUCUUUUGUGAUGGAUGAAGAAAGGUCUAGCAUGCUUCCCACCAUGGCAGCUGGGCUGAACUCCAUACUUUUCGCAAUUAACAUUGACAACAAGGAUUUAAAUGGGCAGAGUAAGUUUGCGCCCACCGUCUCCGACCUCUUAAAGGAAUCGACGCAGAAUGUGACCUCCUUGCUGAAGGAAUCCACUCAGGGAGUGAGCAGCCUCCUCAGGGAGAUCACAGCCUCCUCUGCUGUCUCCAUCCUCAUCAAACCCGAGCAGGAGACGGACCCGCUGCCUGUCGUGUCCAAGAGCGUCAGUGCUGAUGGCAGAUGUAAAAAGGAGCGGAAGAAGAAAAAGAAGGUGACCAACAUUAUCUCAUUUGAUGAUGAGGAAGACGAGCAGACCCCUGGGGAUGCUUUUAAAAAGCUCCCUGGGACUGGGGAGAGCUCGGAGGAGAACUCUGACCGGUCCUCGGUCAACAUCAUGUCCGCCUUUGAAAGCCCCUUCGGGCCCAACUCCAAUGGCAGCCAGAGCAGCAACUCCUGGAAAGUCGACUCUCUGUCUCUCAAUGGAGAGCUGGGGUACCAGAAGCUUGAUGUGAAGAGCAUCGACGAUGAGGACGUGGACGAACACGAGGAUGAUGUGUACGGGAAGCCACCGGGGAGGAAGUGUGCGGGCCACCUGGGCUCCCCGGAGAAGCCACUGGAUGGGAACACCUGCCUCUCCCAGGUGCAUGGCUGGUCUCCACUGCAGGUGCUCCACGGCGAUGCUGAGGUCCUCUUCCCGGUCAGCGGAGUGGGCGCCUACGGCCCAGCAGAUGCUCCCCUGGGAAGCCUGGAGAACGGAACAGGACCCGAGGACCACAUUCUCCCAGAGCCUGGGCUUCGGUACAGCGUGGAAGCCAGCUCUCCAGCCCAAGGAAGUCCUCUGGGCGGCCUCUUGCCUUCUGCCUCGGUGCCAGAGUCCAUGACGAUCAGUGAACUACGACAAGCCAUCGUGGCCAUGAUGAAUAGGAAGGACGAGCUGGAGGAAGAGAACAGAUCCCUGCGGAACCUGCUCGACGGCGAGAUGGAGCACUCGGCUGCGCUGCGGCAGGAGGUGGACUCCUUGAAGAGGAAGCUGGCUGAGCAGGAGGAGCGGCACACCGUGAAGGUCCAGGCCUUGGCGAGAGAAAACGAGGUGCUCAAAGUCCAGCUGAAGAAAUAUGUAGGAGCUGUCCAGAUGCUGAAAAGAGAAGGCCCAACAGCCGAAGUUGUGCCCAAUCUUUGGAACGUCGAUGGCGAAGUUACAGUUCCUGAACAGAAGCCAGGAGAAGUUGCCGAAGAACUUGCGAGCUCUUACGAAAGGAAGCUCAUUGAGGUGGCAGAGAUGCAUGGGGAGCUGAUCGAGUUCAACGAGCGACUGCACAGGGCCUUGGUGGCCAAGGAAGCCCUGGUGUCCCAGAUGAGGCAGGAGCUCAUCGACCUGCGGGGCCCGGUGCCUGGAGAUUUGAGUCAAACAUCCGAAGACCAGAGUUUGUCGGAUUUCGAAAUAUCUAACCGGGCGCUCAUCAACGUCUGGAUCCCGUCGGUGUUUCUCCGCGGCAAAGCAGCGAAUGCGUUCCACGUGUAUCAGGUCUACAUCCGGAUAAAGGACGACGAGUGGAACGUCUACCGGCGGUACACGGAGUUCCGGGGUCUGCACCACCAGCUGCAGGGCAGGUUCCCGCAGGUGCGGGCCUACAGCUUCCCGCCCAAGAAGGCCAUCGGCAACAAGGAUGCCAAGUUCGUAGAGGAACGAAGAAAGCAGCUCCAGAGUUACCUGCGCAGCGUCAUGAACAAAGUCAUCCAGAUGGUGCCCGAGUUUGCUGCCAGCCCCAAGAAGGAGACCCUCACCCAACUGAUGCCCUUUUUCAUUGAUGUCGCCCCUCCUGGAGAGCCCCUGAACAAGAACAGCCGGCCCAAAGUGGCUUCCCGCUUCCCUAAGCUGUCCCGUGGUCACCCCAGGGAGACGCGCAACGUGGAGCCCCAGAGCGGUGACCUCUGACCUCAGCAGAAUCCCAGAUCCCAGCCACUCUGUCCCUGACCUGGCCGUGGCAACUGGCCCGACGCCUUGGAGUGAUGACCACAUCCACCUGGGCAGCCCCAGAGAGCACACCUUCCCUGCCGGUCACAUGCCACCUAUUAAACUGCUCAGUCUCAGAGCUGCCAGGCCCCUGUCCUGAGAGCACGGCGGCUCCUCAUUGGACAGACUGGCGCACACAGCCACUCCUCUGCAGCCCUGCCCCGGCCGCAAAGCCGCCCACGCCUCUGCCCGCUCAGCCUGGCAGCAGGCUGCUUGCAGGCCGGGACCCCCAGCUGAGAUGCACGACUCCAGCUCGGGGGGCAGGCCCUCCAGCACCCCCGCGGCUCUGCCUGCCAGGGCUGAGCGCGACUGCUUGCCCCUGUGAACGUGACUGCCCGAUCCGCCCUGUGGCGGGCGGAGGGGUCUUGUCCUUCCACCUUGCCCUCCAGCAGUGGUCGCGGGCCACCCUGGAGGCCCCACCGUGGCGUCACUCCUGCGGGCAGACGUUCCCGCAGCCUGGGCUGCAGCCACCAGUGACACUGAACUUUGGCUCUGGGAGAACUUCCCUGCUUCCUCAUGGUUGGCUGCAGGAAGCAGCAGCUGCAUAGGAAAACUGAGGCCGCCAUGCAGCCCGACCCGCUUGGCGUGGGCUCAGGACCUCCACCCUGCCAGCAGCAGCGACCGGGGGCCCUGGGUCAGAGAGCCCAGGCCUGGCCAAACGUGGCGAGCUGUGGCCUCGGGUCACGGGCCCAGACUGGGGAACCGGUGCAGGGUUUCGGACUCAGGUCCAUCUGUACUUCUCUGAAGACAGUUGGUGAUGUGCCGUCUGUCCCUUAGGGUCUCAGCGGGAGCAGAAGCCCGUGCUCCUCCCGUUCCAGGGCAGGCGGGAGCAGGACGAACAGCGUGGCAGCCAGCCCCAGUCAGGUGGCUUCACAGGCCCCAAACCAUCAGCUGGCCAGCCUCCAGAAUCAUGUCACCUCCCCACUGAGGGCCUGCUCGGUGACCGAGUGCACUUAGGAGUCUGUAGUGUCCUUUACUCCGUGGGCACGGGGACAUCACGGCACACGUACAUGUCCAUGAGCGGGAGGGGAUCGUGCAAGGUGGCCGUGGGUUCAUGCUAGAACCUUCUUCAUUCAUUGGCCGAGAUCUCAAGCCACUGUGUUCCCACAGAACAUUUCCAAUGAAAACUGGGCAGAGUCGCCUGGAAGAUUCACGUAGCGAGGUCCCCUCGUGGCUAGAGGGUCACUUCCUCAGGGCACUGGAGAAGCCAAAGCCAGUAACACGCCCAGGAGAGCAGCAGAGGCAGCCCACGGGCCCUCACAGGGCACCUGGGCUCAGGUGGGGUAGAAUGUACCUGCUGCUCGGUGGCAGGCAGGGGACCCUACCGUCAGCUUACAGGGGUCCAGGAGAUCUGAGGGUGCUAGAAGACGGCAUGGUCCCUGCCCUCAUUGUCCAGGAUGGCCGGCUCACAUGGUACACGGGCCUCACGAGCAGACCAGCCACCGCCCUUGUGCCUCUGAACACAGAGCCCGCCUGGGCCUCGGCAGGGGCCGUCUGAAGCUCAGGCCGUCCUGUCAGGCCUCUGGAUGGGGGUGGCACCACAGGGGCAUUCUGAAGUGGGGCUCCUCCCUUGGCCACAGGACCACCCACCAUCACCCCGAGCAGGGUGUCUACGCUGAGUGGCUUCUUUGUCCUGCUGUGCUCCAUAGGGUGGAGCCUCCUACCUCCCACAUCCCACAACCCUGAUCCGCAGCACUUAGGUGCCAAGUGCGACUGGGUUCGCUCUCUGCAGCCCCACACCAGGAGCUUCCAA